CAUCAUCCUUAGUCCUCACUCACUUCCAAUCUUCAAAAUGGGAGCUCGAAUGAUUUUCAGAAACUAUCCUUCUUACAAUGAGUCCGACGUCGAGCCAUUCCAGUUCAAUAUCAGCAAAGACUUGCUUCUCCACCGAAGCGAUGUCCUAGUGGGAGAGAUGAUUGGAGAAGGAGCCUACUCCAUCGUCUACAAAGGAUUGCUAAGAAACCGAUUUCCCGUGGCGGUGAAGAUAAUGGAGCCGAGUAUGCCUUCUUCUGUAAACAAAGCGAACGAAAAAUUGUUUCAAAAGGAAGUUCUAUUACUAUCCAAGAUGAAACAUGACAACAUCGUGAAGUUUGUUGGAGCUUGCAUAGAGCCAGAAUUGAUGAUAGUGACCGAACUCGUUGAAGGCGGCAAUCUUCAGAGGUUCAUGACAAACUCUCGUCGGGAUCCUCUUGAUCUAAACAUGGCACUAAGCUUUGCUUUGGAUAUUUCUCGAGCCAUGGAGUUUGUGCACUCAAAUGGCAUCAUUCACCGUGAUUUAAAUCCAAGGAAUUUGCUGGUAACCGGUGAUCUGAAACAUGUAAAACUGGCUGACUUUGGAAUUGCAAGAGAGGAGACUAGAGGUGGCAUGACCUCCGAGGUUGGAACCUAUAGGUGGAUGGCUCCUGAGGUAUGUAGCCGUGAGCCGCUGAGAGUUGGGGAGAAGAAGGAAUAUGACCAUAAAGCGGACGUGUACAGCUUUGCCAUAGUAUUAUGGGAGCUGGUUACAAACAAAGAACCAUUCGCUAACGUGAUUAGUAGCCUCUGUGUUCCCUAUCUUGUUAGCAAGGUGGGUCGGAGACCAAGUCUGGAGAAUAUUCCGGAUGAGAUUGUGCCUAUCAUUGGAUCUUGUUGGGCACAAGACCCGGAUGCGCGUCCGGAGUUUAAAGAGAUUUCGGUUUUACUGACAAACUUGCUAAGAAGUCUGAGCUCGAACAGUAGUGUUGACGCAACACUACCGGAUGAGGAGACUUAUGACGAUGAGAUGGAGGAUUCGGAGACCCGUCCUCUGCUUCAAGAGUAUCGUUGCAAGGUGAAGAAACCUAAGGAGAAGAAGAAGAAGAAGAAAGUGAUGAAGAUGAGACUUCCUUUCUUUAAGAAGUUCAAGGCUUGGUUGUAUAAGCCAUGAUCAUUUUUUGUGUUGUCCAUAAAAAAAAAAGGGAAAA